GUACGAGGAAGUCGAGAAAGGUCUGCCUCUCAUCGACACGUCACGCACUCUGAUCAGAGAGGUGUGCCCGCCGAUCUUCUCGCAUGUGGAAUGUCGCGCCGGCAAAUACCGCCGGUUCGACGGACUCUGCAACAAUCUAAGACACCCUACUUGGGGAGCAACCAACUCGCCCUUCCAAAGGUUGAUAGGCCCGCUAUUCUCUGAUGGCAUCAACGCACCCAGGAUCUCCCACACUGGCCAUGAUCUGCCGCUGUCUCGUGUUGUAUCUCGUACCAUGCACCCUGACGACGGUUUCCACGACCACGCCGGAACAGUCAUGGUCAUCGCCUGGGGACAGUUCAUGGACCACGAUUAUACGCUCACUGGCACUCCACUUGACCCGCUCAACCGUAACGAUCCUGAAGAAUGUUGCAAACGGCCGCCGCAUCUGAAGCAUCCGUACUGCAAUGAGAUCCGCAUACCGGAUGACGAUUACUUCUACCGCCUAUUCGGAGUGAAAUGUAUCGAUUUCGUACGAGCCUUCCCGUCGCCGAGACCUGGCUGUCGAUUAGGAUCUAGAGUCGCUUUCAACACUUUAACCGGAGUCCUUGAUGGUAACACAGUUUAUGGAGUAACAGAAAAGUUUGCGAGAAAACUGCGUACUGGCUUCGGAGGCCUGUUACGUAUGAACCCAGUCUUCAAAGAAUACGGACUCAAAGAUUUGUUACCGCUUAAACUGGACAUUCCCGAUGAAGGAUGCACACGACCGAACAAAAACAUGUACUGUUUCGAAGCUGGUGAGAUUCGUGUAAACGAGCAGCUUGUCUUAACUGUGAUGCACACACUCAUGGCUCGUGAGCACAACAGAGUAGCUAAAGGUUUGGCUGAAGUAAAUCCUCAUUGGGAUGACGAGACCCUCUUCCAAGAAGCAAGACGUAUCAAUAUUGCUGAGAUCCAACAUAUUACGUUCAACGAAUUCUUGCCUAUACUGCUCGGAAAGGAUGUUAUGGAGAAAUUUGGUUUGGUGCUUGAGAAAGAGGGCUACUGGGAUGGUUACGACCCUGAAGUAAAUCCCGACGUGAUUGCCUCAUUCGCCGCAGCUGCGUAUCGUUUCGGACAUUCUCUACUACCUACCGCUGUGGAAAGGUGGUCUAAAGCACACAAAUUCAUCGCAUCAAAACGUCUAUCAGACUUGAUCCGUAGGCCAUACGACUUGUACAGAGCUGGGGUCUUCGACGAAUAUGUAAUGGGAUUAAUGAAUCAAGUUGCUCAAGCUAUGGACGAUUCUAUCACACAAGAAGUCACAAACCAUCUGUUCAAGAAGGUCGGCGCUCGAUUUGGAAUGGAUUUGGUAUCAUUCAACAUGCAAAGAGGUAGAGAGUUUGGUAUUCCCGGAUACAUGGAGUUCAGAAAGUUCUGCGGCUUGCCUGGUGCAGACACCUUCCAAGACCUCUUCGGAUCUAUGACUAACCACACCGUCCGCAAAUACGAGACAAUCUUCGAACACCCUAUUGAUGUGGAUCUCUGGUCUGGUGGAGUGUCUGAGAGACCGUUACCUGGUUCUAUGUUGGGACCUACCUUCGCUUGCAUCAUUGCUACCCAGUUCUCUUAUUCUCGUAGAGGAGAUAGAUUUUGGUUCGAGCUGCCCAACCAGCCGUCAUCAUUUACACCCGAGCAAUUAGCAGAGAUCAGGAAAUCGAGAUUAGCGCGCGUAAUUUGUGACAACACCGACAUUAUCGAUACAGUACAACUUUACCCUAUGGUAUUGCCAGAUCACGAACUAAACCCUCGAGUACCAUGCCGAAGUGGUGUGAUACCUGGUAUGGACUUUAGCAAAUGGGCGGAACCGACGCCGUUCCACGGACCUGCGAAGCACUUCGUGAGUAGCUUCACAUACGACCCGUAUAUAAGCAAAAAGUAG